CUGAAGUUUAAAUGAAGUCCGGACUUUUAUUCUCCUGUUUGCACCUGUGAGCGGCUCCUACCUGAGCAGGAAUCAUGAGAACUUUGCUUUUUGUCACCUUGUGUUUCUCCACCUGUCCGCUCAUGGUUGACGGUCGACAUCCAACCUGUAACUUCCUGUUGGAGGUGGAGAGAGACCAGGCGGAGUGUCUGCAGAGGCUGCGGGAGGAAGAAGCUGCCGGCAGCCAUAAAGAGUCAGGAUGCAAAGGAGCGUGGGACAACAUUGCAUGCUGGGAGCGAACUGAGAUCGGAGAGACCUUCACCAUCCCCUGUCCUCGCGUCCUCAAGACUGUAUUCGGCAGAAACGGUAACAUUAGCAGGAACUGCACGUCGGCGGGAUGGUCGGAUGUCUUCCCGAACAUCUCCAGCGUGUGUGGGUCGGACACCAGCCAGGACAAGCUGCUCUUCUACGUGGUUGUGCAGACGCUGUACACCCUGGGUCACAGUCUGUCUUUGAUCGCCCUCACCACCGGGAGCGCCGUCCUCUGUCUGUUCCGGAAGCUCCACUGCACCAGGAACUACAUCCACCUCAACCUCUUCUUCUCCUUCAUCCUGAGAGCCGUGGCCGUGUUGGUGAAAGACGACAUCCUCUUCAACCGAACCUCGCAGUGCUCCAGCCAGCCGUCACUGGUGGGAUGUAAAGCCAGCCUGGUGUUCUUCCAGUACUUCAUCAUGGCCAACUUCUUCUGGCUGCUGGUGGAGGGUCUGUACCUCCACACGCUGCUCGUCGUCAUCUUCUCCGAGAACAGACACUUUAUCGUCUACAUGUUCAUCGGCUGGGGAAUCCCCACGGUGUUCGUCUUUGCGUGGGUGAUGACGAGGAUUCAUCUGGAGGACACGGGAUGCUGGGAGAGAAAUGACAACCCCAUACCCAACUGGGUGAUCAACGGCCCAAUCGGAUUCUCCAUCAUGGUUAACUUUAUCCUGUUCAUCAGCAUUAUUCGGAUCUUGGUUCAGAAGCUGAGGUGUCCUGACGUGGGCGGCAACGACCAAUCACAAUACAGGCGGUUGGCCAAAUCCACUCUCCUGCUGAUCCCUCUGUUCGGGAUCCACUACGUGCUCUUCGUCUCUCUCAGUGAAUCCAUCGCAGAGGGUUAUAAAAUAUUCUUCGACCUGGCUCUCGGGUCCUUUCAGGGUCUGGUGGUGGCCAUUCUGUACUGUUUCCUGAACAGUGAGGUUCAGGGUGAGCUAAAGAGAAAGUGGCGAAGUAUGUGUCUGAACUGCCGUCUGAGCAGAGAUCACUUCAACAGCACCUUCGCCUCCAGGAACGGUUCAGAGCACAUGGUUCAGUCUCACCGCAACUCCCGAACCCAGUCCAUCCUGCAGUCAGAGACCACAGUGCUGUGAGGACCUGAAGGGUCCUUUAAAAAUACUAAACUCAAACACAGUGUCCAGGUUGACCUGGGUCGAAUAGUUUUAAUUGAUUUUAAAGCAAAGUUGAAUUGAAGUACCACAUGGGUGGGACCUGCACAUUGUUUCAUCGCGGAUUUUGGGCUUUACAAAUCUCUGCGAGCCUUCAAAAAGUACCUUAAGUGCACCUAAAGCAGUUCUGAUGCUAUGAGGGUAUGCUUGUGUUUGCUGCCAAGAAAGAACCAUUUCUACUCAGUGUUUUUAUGUUGCGUUAUCUGUGGGAGCCAAGUAGGAACGGGGUCUUGAAGCCAAACGUUGCAACAUCCGCAAACUCACGUUUAGUCCGAUAGGAAAUGUACCUGAUUUGCCUUGUGUAUGUUCUAGACAUCAGUUAAAUAUUUAUAAAGAAAUAUAUGUAAGAUAAUCAGAGCCAAUCUUCUCUUGUUAGCAGAACCGUAGACGUUAGAUUGAGGAAUCGAGUUGCAACCGCGAUGCUGCCAUAAUAUUGUGACACUGUGUGGUGUAAGUGAAAUCUUGAAAUACUGUUUUGGUCGUAAAGCGUAAAUGACCUGGAAUUCAUACUUUCUGUAUUAGCCUUCAGUUUCCGUAAAGUUUGAGCCACACACCUAUGACGGCUGUUAACCCAACGACGGUAUUAGUCUUUUCAAAAAUACCCUACAACACCCUCUACUGGUCAUAGUCGUGACUAUUAUUCGUCAGGAGCAAAGGAGGAAAUAGUUUGACGUUGUUUACACCAAAACCUUGGGACAAAAACACGAGAGACCGCUGUCAAAUCAAAUGUAUUUAUACAGCCCAAUAUCACAACUCCCUGAAAGAAACCCCACAAUUAACCUCAGGGAGAGACUGAAGACGAUCCCUCUCUCAGGACGGACAGAC